GCGGGGCGGAAGGGUAGGUGGAGGUGGGGGGGAUAAAAUUGGGGGAGGACGAAAACAAUGAAUGGAUCCCUUCGGCAAGCGAGGACCCUCGCAUUUUAUUGAUCUUGCAGUAUUGAAGAAAAGCCUCCAUGCAAAGAGGCUGGUGAUCUUAGCAGCGGAAGAAAUUUGUUGUCCUUCAAAAUAAAGAGGGUCUCUUAACGGAAGGAAAUCAUGUUGGAGAGCAAUGAAACUGUCACUUCUGUGGGUGAUUGGCAGGACGCUGAAAGUUACGAAGAAUCGUCUGUGGAGUCUUCAGAAACGACCAGCCCUGAAGCAGGAAAAGAGGCCUUCCCAAGUCCAAAAGACCCUCCCAGACCAUCAGAGAGCGAGAAGAAACUUUCCACCUUUCAGGAUGCCGACAUCCACGACCUCCUAGUCCCGCAGGAGGGCCACCAAGGGAAGUGGAGGAUCCAGUGCCCCGUGUGUGGGAAGAUAUGCAAAUAUAAAUCCGACUUCAACCGUCACCGGGUGACCCACACGGGGGAGAAGCCGUAUCGAUGUACUGAGUGCGGAAAGAGCUUCAGCGACAGCGGGACUCUGACCGCGCAUCAAAGAACCCACACGGGGGAGAAACCGUACAAAUGCACUGAGUGCGGGAUACGCUUCAAUCGGAGCGGCAGCCUCAAGAGGCACAAGAGAACCCACACAGGGGAGAAACCUUAUCAGUGCCUGGAAUGCGGCAAGUAUUUCAGCCUGAAGUCCAUCCUGACCACGCAUCAGAGAACCCACACGGGGGAGAAACCCUUCAGGUGUAUGAACUGCGGGAGGAGCUACAGUCGUAAGGGCAGCCUUGAUAGGCACCAGCGGGAUCACCCAGGGGAGCAGGCCUACAUCUGCGCGGAGUGCGGGAAAAGCUUUGUGGUCAGCGAUAACCUUCCCACCUACCGAAAUCGCUAUACGGGGGACCAACCCUAUAAAUGCAUCGAUUGCGAAAGCCGAGUGAUCAACUUGGUCUAGUUUUGAAGGGGAAGCAAUUCUAGCUCUGGACCUAAACCAAAAUCAGGACACCACUCACUCUGGGUUCCCAAUGGUUUAUUAAGCCAAACAGCUGAUUCUGACUGACUGGAAGCCGGCUGACAAUCAGCUGCUCAUUGGCCAGCUUACAGGCAACCACAACUAGCUGAUCGUCAGCCAGCUUGCAGGCAACCACGAUCAGCUGCUCAUCAGCCGGCUUGCAGGCAACCAUCAU